ACGGGAUAGGAAAAUUAUGUUUGAUGCAUUGUCACGUCUGAACUACUGGACUGAUUAUCUUCAAAUUUUGCAUAUACAUUCUCAAUUAACCGAGAAUUGUAUGCCUAUUUUUAAUUCUUAAAUAUUUCAUAACGUGAAGUUUUAAAAUAGACCCUUGCGGAGUACGGUUUUCCUGCUAGUUAUAUAAUAUGCUAUAAAUAAGAUGCAUCAGCCAUAGCCUUCAUACACCGCAAAUCCACCGGAAAAAAGUAGUUCAUAAGGAAAAUUUGAAGUUCAUUUCCAGUUCAAAAAUACUCGAUUGAAUAAGCCGUAAUCUGUUUGUCUAGUAACUACAAUGAUUGUACAAAUUUUGAAACAAUUCCAAAAAUUAAUAUGCAUGUUCGUCAUCCUUCUAAUGACGUUACAUCAUGUGCUUCCGUCUCCUCUCAUCACCAACUCAACUCUCCACAAACGACAAACUCCAUUGGACGAAUCUGAGAUAUCACGCAGAAACAAUAAUUAUGACUAUGGACAACAGGGCUACAACUAUGGAGGAGUAUACGACCAUAUUACAGCUUAUAAACUUGACGACAACGCAAAAUUCGGACUUUUGGGUGGAGCUCUUCCAGUAGGUCCACAACCACAAGGAGGGAGAGGAGGAAGAGGAGGGGGAAAAGGAGGUAAACAAGGCGGUCAAAGAGGGUUCUUUUAUUAUUAUGAUUAUUAAUUAUUUCAAAGAUUGUUGAAAUAGUUAUCAGCUAAUUCAUUGACCAUUAUGAGAUGUAAAAGUAGGCUAUGCAAAAAUGUUGAGCAAUUUUCACUUUUGACCUACUAGAUGAUUAUUGUCAAAAUAGAUUUUCAUUAUUUGAAUUUUAUAUUAUACUAAAUACAAUUCCUUUUUUAAUUGA